AUGUGUGAGUUUAUAAGCGUGGCAGUUUUCCCGCUUUCUGGCGGAGAUCCGCGAGCUAAGCUAACCGUUAGCAUCCUAAGGGGAAACUGAGCUAGCCGGAGUGCUAACACCACUGACAAUUACCCAGCCCUUUCACGUCCGACAAGAAAUAAAUAAGGAGUUGACGUGAUGUCGAAAAGUGAGACAGAGGAGAUGAUUGAAAUAGAGAUUGAUGGACAGGAGAAACAGGAGUGUCUAGAGGAGGGAAUCGAAGAGCAAACCAUUACUGCAGCUGAACUGAUCACACAAGAUAUUGACAUCAGUGAGCCGAUUGGGAACCUAAAGAAAUUAUUGGAGCCUCGCAUUCAAGUCCCACUGGAUGGAUAUGACAUCUGCUUACAGGACAUUCUAUUGCAUCCUGACCACAGCCUGUUUGAUCAAGGAGUGAAGACAGAUGGCACAGUACAGCUCAGUGUGCAGAUUGUUAUGAACAAAGGUGAAGAGAAAUUGAAUAUACUUGAGAUAGUGAAACCAGUGGAGACUGUAGAGGUGGUGAUUGAUCCAGAUGCCGCUACAGCGGAAGAAGGUCAUUUAGUAGAGGAUGGACACGUGAUCGCAGUGGAGCGAGCCGCCAUUCCAGAUGAAACCUCAGAACAGGUGACCCGCUGGGCAGCAGCACUGGAAGGGUACCGCAAGGAGCAGGUUCGACUGAGCAUCCCAUAUGAUCCAGUGCAAUGGACAGCAGAUCAGGUAAUCCACUGGGCAGUCUGGGUGAUGAAGGAGUUCGGCAUUGAGGAAAUGGAGGUUGGAGGUAUUCAUAUUCCCGGCCGGCAGCUCUGUGCUUUUAGUCAGGAGGAGUUUCUCCAGAGAGUGCCUAGCGGAGAGAUACUUUGGAGCCAUCUGGAGUUGCUACGCAAGUAUGUACUUGCAAGUCAGGAUCAGAGUCAGGACGCUACAGUCACCAUUGAUCAACCUGUACAGAUCAUUCCUGCCCCUGUGCAGCAGGCCGCGCCCACAGCCAUUAAGGUUCUGAAGCACAACAAAACCGCCCGAGCCCCCCGUAUCUCAGGAGAGGAGCGCAGCUCGCCUGGCAACCGCACGGGUAAUAACGGUCAGAUCCAGCUGUGGCAGUUUCUCCUGGAGCUGCUCACGGAUAAGGACUCCCGGGAUUGUAUUUCCUGGGUGGGUGAGGAAGGCGAGUUCAAGCUCAAUCAACCUGAGCUGGUAGCUCAAAAAUGGGGUCAACGUAAGAACAAGCCCACCAUGAACUACGAGAAGCUAAGCAGAGCUCUCAGGUACUACUAUGAUGGAGACAUGAUCAGCAAAGUGCAGGGCAAGCGCUUUGUCUACAAGUUUGUGUGUGACCUGAGGACUCUGAUCGGAUACAGCGCCGCAGAGCUCAACAGUCUGGUGACUGAGUGCGAACAGAAGAAACUCGCCCGGGUGCAACUGCACAGCCUCGGUCAGCCCGUCAACACAGUCACAUUGGCCACGGCUACAGGACAACCCGUCACCACAGUCACUUUGGCUGCAGCGGCUUUAGAGAAAGACUGUUAAGGCGUGGCUUGUUACUUCCAGCCAAUCGGGAGACAAGGUUGCGAUGGGAGAAAACUGUGUUGAUGCUUUGACUUUGGGACGGGUGGGAGAGAGCGGGUUUGUAAGCAGAUGUGCGCUUGGUUACGAGUGGGUAUGUAUGUGUCCAUAAAAUGCUUGGAGCGAGUGAAUGCAUGCAUGUGUGUGUGUGUGUGAGAGAGAUAAAGUACAGAUGAUUACGUAUGAGCUUUCAGUUUUUGUAUGCUUGUUCUCUGACUGCAGGGUAGCAUUGACUAUAUUUCCAUUGUAUAUACUCUGUUUUUGAUAGCCACGUGGGCAGUGUAUUUUGAUAUUUUCCAUUUGUAAAAGAUCCUUUCUUUUUUAUUUUGAGUGUCUAAUUCCCUCAAGGUGAGGUACUUUUUACUGGCCACCAGAGGGCAAUAAAGAGACAGUUGGUUUUUUGAA